AUAACUCAUAACUGAUCUCCCUUAUAAUUGUCGGCCGAUCACCUUUUCUUAAAAUUAACCUCGUAAAACCAUGGCUCCGGCAGCCCUGUCAGAAUCAGAAUCCGUCGUGGAUUUCGUCGUGAACGAGGGCCGAGGAGUGAAGGGUUUGUCGGACAUGGGCAUCAAGGCGCUGCCAAGCCAGUACAUCCAGUCGCCCGAAGAACGCAUUGCGGCGAACGCCAUAGUCGCCGACUACUCCAUUCCGACCAUCGACAUUUCCAACUGGGACGACCCGGCGGUGUCCCGGGCCGUCUGCGAGGCGGCGGAGGAGUGGGGCUUCUUCCAGAUAAUCAACCAUGGCGUGCCGGUGGAGCUGCUGGAGAGCCUCAAGACCGCCACUUACCGGUUCUUCAAGCUGCCGGUGGAGGAGAAGAGGAAGUACUCCAAGGCGAACUCGCCGUCGGAGAAUGUCCGGUACGGCACCAGCUUCAGCCCGGAGUCUGAGAAGACUUUGGAGUGGAAAGAUUAUCUUAGUCUCUUCUACGUUUCCGACGAUGAAGCUGCGGCUUUGUGGCCCCCAGCUUGCAGGCAUGAAGCAAUGGAGUACAUGAAACAGUGCAACGCCAUGAUCAAGAACCUGCUGGAGAUGCUGAUGAGAGGACUGAACAUAGAAGAAGAGUUGGAGGAAUCCAGGGAACCACUUUUCAUGGGCGCCAAGAGGAUAAACUUCAACUACUACCCCAAAUGCCCCAACCCGGAGCUGGCCGUCGGCGUGGGCCGCCACUCCGACAUCUCCACCAUAACCGUGCUUCUCCAGGACCACAUCGGCGGCCUCCACGUCCGGAAGCUCAACUCCGAGACCUGGGUCCACGUCCCUCCCGUCGACGGCGCUCUGGUCAUCAACAUCGGCGACGCGCUCCAGAUCCUGAGCAACGGGCGGUACAAGAGCGCGGAGCACCGGGUGAGCGCCAACGGCAGCAGCGACAGAAUCUCGGUGCCGAUCUUCGUCACCCCCGACCCGGAAUGCCGCGUGGGGCCGCUGCCGGAGGUGCUGGCCGGCGGGGAGAAGCCGCUUUACAAGGAGCUUGUGUAUUCUGAUUACUUGAGGCAUUUCUUCGGGAAGGCUCACGAUGGGAAGGAGACAAUUGAAUUUGCAAAGAUAUAAGCAAUGCGUAUAAUAUAAGCAAUGCAUAUAGUAUCUUCUUGCUUUUGUUUGCAGAAGAUUCUAUGGUAUCUUACAAGAAAAA